UCGACAUCUACACUCGCUUGUUUUAGCAAAAUAUAUUAAUAUUGUAUUAAGAUAAACAUGGUGAUAUUGGGCGUCAACUAUUGUUUAAUGUUGAUAGUGUUAUGUUAUGUCAACGCUCAUCCUCUUGCUAGUGAUGAACCCUACCCAUAUUACACGCGAGCGGAUUGGGUCGCAGCUCCAGCCACUGACGUCGAGCCGCUCUCCGCACCAGUGCCAUACGUGGUCAUCCACCACACAUACAUUCCCGGCGCAUGCAACACCACUGCCCAAUGCGCCGCGUCCAUGAGGUCUAUGCAGGAAUACCACCAAAGCCUGGGCUGGGGCGACAUUGGAUACAACUUUGCAGUCGGAAGUGAAGGAGGCGCCUAUGAAGGCAGAGGUUGGGACACCGUCGGCAUCCAUGCCGGGAGAGCCAAUAACUACAGUAUCGGAAUCGUUCUGAUCGGCGAUUGGCGAGUAAAUCUCCCGCCCACAAAACAGCUGACCACAACAAAGGCGCUCAUUGCCAAAGGAGUGAAAGAUGGCGUGAUCAGUCCUCAGUACCGCCUGAUAGGCCACAGCCAAGUCAUGUCCACGGAGUGCCCAGGGGGAGCGCUGCUUUCCCACAUAGCCACGUGGGACCACUACUGGCCCGGCCAUGUGGAAUUUAGGGGGGCAACUACCAGUCCCAGUCUUAUUUACAGUACUUUGUGAGAUGGAUGGAGCUGGAGUUAGUUAUUUAAUUAGCAUUUAUAUUUUAAAUGAAUGACUGUUCCAAGUAACUCAGUGUUACUU